GGAGAGAGAGAGAGAGAGAGAGAGAGAGAGAGAGAGAGAGAGAGAGAGAGAGAGAGAGAGAGAGAGAGAGAGAGAGAGAGAGAGAGAGAGAGAGAGAGAGAUGAGUUCAUUUUUACACAGAGAGAGGACAAUCUGUACAUACCAUUAUCGGAACCAUAUCAAGGAGCGCAUAGCAUAUAGCAUACCAGCUUUCUUUCAACAGAAUAAAUUGCCAUCAUUAACCAUGUCUAAUAUGGAGAAGAAAACAGUGUUGUCAGUGGAUCUACGUUGUUUAAAGUGCAGGAAGAAGGUCAUGAUGUCGAUUUCAUCUAUAGAAGGAAUAAACUCAAUAGUUCUUGACCCUUCAAAAAACACAGCAACGAUAAUUGGCGAGGCUGAUCCUAUAUCCAUCAUCAGAAAGGUGCGAAAGUUUAAAAGAUUGGCACACCUAAUAAGCGUGGGACCUGCGAAGGAAGAAAAGAAGGAGGAGAAAAAAGAUGAGAAGAAAGACGAGAAGAAGGAUGGAAAGAAAGACCAGAAGAAAGAUGUUGUGCUUCCUUCAACCACAAGAACAUGCCACAGAUGCGAUGUCUGCACAGGGUUGCCAAAUGAGAUAAUCGUGUCAUGUUUUCAGCUAACACUCGGCCUUACCAUUUCUAAAGUGCCCCCAUUUAAUCCAAGAAUUUUAUACAUAUGCUCAUACUCGGCUACUCCUUUCACAGUAUACUACCCACGCCGUAUCAAAAAUAUAUUCAUCAGCCAAAGUUGA